AUGAUCGUCUCAGCUCUGCUCACCUCCGUCGGCAUCAACCUCGGCCUCUGCGUUCUGCUCUUCGCGCUCUACUCCAUCCUCAGGAAGCAGCGGCGAACGUAAGAGGUUAACCCCUCGCCUCGGUCUCGAGAGGGGAGAGCUCACAGAGAGGCGGUUUUAAGCAUUGAGAGCCUGCUUCGUCGCCGGAUGGGUCGGAGCGGCGUGGAGAGUCUCGAGGACGAGCUCCUCGCUUUAUCCGGCCUCGACGGCGUCGUCUUCAUGCGGAUCUUCAUUUUUAGUCUGAAGGUGUUUUCUAUUGCUGGGGCUAUAGGAAUUUUUGUUCUUCUCCCAGUGAACUAUUUGGGCGAUCAACUUCGCGAUAUUGACUUUUCUGAUCUCCCAAACAAGUCUUUGGAUUUGUUCACCAUUUCAAAUGUAAAGGAUGGCUCGAAUAAGUUAUGGAUUCACUUCUCUGCUGCAUAUGUUAUUACAGGGGUUGUAUGCUAUCUGCUAUAUAUUGAGUACAAAUUCAUUUACUUUAAGAGGCUUGAGCUUUUCAAUACAUCGAAACCGCAACCUCAUCACUUCACAAUUCUGGUUCGAGGAAUUCCUUUACAUGAUGGGGCCUCCCUCAAUGAUAUUGUUGAGAGAUUUUUCAUGGAGUUUCAUCCACUUACAUAUUUGUCACACAUAGUUGUUCACAGGACGAGCAAGCUACACUCUCUCAUUACUGAUACCAAGAAUGUAUAUAGAAGAUUGACCCAUUUGAGAUCCACAUCUGAUGCUUCCCAAAGGUCCCAGCGUGGUGGCUGUCUAGGGUGGUUUGGAAGAAAUGUCGAUCCUGUAGAUGAUUAUGCAAAGAAAUUGGAGAACCUAGAAGAGAACUUGAGACUAGAGCAAUCUGGAAUUUCCAUGGCAGGACAGGAGGUUCCUGCGGCUUUUGUCUGCUUCAAAUCUCGGUAUGGGGCUGCAGCUGCUUUCCACAUUCAACAAUCCAUCAACCCUACACAGUGGGUUACAGAGCAAGCCCCUGAACCUCAUGACGUUUACUGGCCUUUCUUUUCAACAUCAUUCAUGCGAAGAUGGCUUUCCAAGCUGGUCGUUUUUGUGGCAUCUGUUAUCCUGAUAGUGAUCUUCCUCAUUCCAGUAACAUUUGUUCAAGGGUUGACAUAUCUGGAUCAAUUGGAGACGACGUUCCCUUUCUUAAAAGGAAUACUUGAGAUAGCCAUUGUAAGUCAAGUAAUUACAGGUUAUCUUCCCAGUGUCAUUCUUCAACUGAUUUUAUCUCUCGUGCCAUCUAUCAUGAAGCUUUUCUCCAGCAUGCAAGGGUACAUAGCUUAUAGUGAGAUUGAGAAGAGUGCUUGUAGCAAAAUGCUUUUGUUCACCAUAUGGAACAUCUUUUUUGCAAACGUGCUUACUGGAUCGGUUGCAAGUCAAGUCCAGAUAUUUCUUGAUCUGAAGGAUAUUCCUCGUGUUUUAGCUAUUGUUGUACCUGCUCAGGCCUCUUUCUUUGUUGCCUUUGUUGUUACAUCAUGGACUAGUCUAUCUUUAGAAGUCACACGGUUGGUCACUCUUGUUGGUGAUUGGAUGGGCAGGCAUUGUUGCAGAUGUAUGGAUAAAGAAUUUCAUACACCUUCGAUCCCAUAUCAUAGCGAAAUACCUAGAAUUCUCCUAUUUGGGCUUCUUGGGCUUGCUUAUUUCAUAUUGGCUCCACUAAUUCUGCCAUUCAUAUUGGUUUUCUUAUGCAUUGGAUACAUUGUUUACCGUAAUCAGCUAUUAAAUGUGUAUUUGCCCAAAUACGAAACUGGUGGAAGAUUUUGGCCUAUUGUGCAUAACUCCACAAUAUUUUCUCUUCUACUCAUGCAAGCAAUUGCAAUUGGGAUAUUUGGCCUGAAGAAGCUUCCUCUUGCAUCAGGCUUAAUCUUGCCACUUCCUGUUCUUACACUUCUCUUCAAUGAGUAUUGUCGGAAACGCUUUCUACCCAUUUUCCGUGCUUAUUCUGCAGAGAGUUUGAUAAAGAAAGAUCGAGAGGAGCAGAAUGACCCUGCAAUGGACGAUUUUUUUCAUAAACUGCUCACUGUAUAUCGUGACCCUGCUCUGAUGCCCAUUCAACACUCCUCCAAUGAGCGUAACUCGCCUUUACUAUAUUCCUCCUAAAGUGGAGCAUGGACUCUAGAUGCUCCAUGAGAUGAUUCAGGUUACAAUCUGUGUGUGGGGACGAUUUCUGAUUUUUGUUCUGAUCAGCUUGCAAGUAGCAUGGUGUGUUAGUGUAGGCUGAAUGUGUAUAGCCGGGAAAAAGGCUGAUGUAUGUCAGAACGUAUUUUCCUUUUUUUCAAAUGUAAACGAAAUAAAGUGAUGUACAUUUUCGGUUAUAUUGUUUCAUGGAUGUUGAUUGUAACAGAAAAGAAAAAGGUAAUACCAUGUUUUGGGUUGAAAAUAUCUAAUA